UCUUACAUGACAUUACCAAAAAUAUUUCAUUCCAACACGCCAAUUGAUGUUAUCAGGAACCUGUACAUGACGUGCCACUUUGGAUGAAUUGGAUCUCAGCUUUUUAUAAUAACAAGUGCCUAUUUAGAUCCAUACUGAUACUGCUGCUUACAAAACAUCUCUACAGCAAAUUUCCACAAUCUCAAACCCAUUAUCUGGCUUAGAUAUUAGUAAAACAACAAUGGCUUCAGAGGCUGUAAAUGUGAAUGAUUUCAGUGAGUUAGCAAGGCAAGUGCUUCCUAAGAAGAUAUAUGAGUUUUUUGCGGGAGGUGCAGACGACGAAUGGACACUCAAACAAAACAUCGAUGCUUUCCACAGAAUCAGGCUUCGUCCAAGAGUUUUGAUCGAUGUAAGUAACGUAGAUAUGUCAACCAGCAUAUUGGGAUUCAAGAUCUCUUCACCGAUCAUGCUUGCUCCCUCGUCUUAUCAUGGAUUGGCCAAUCCUGAAGGGGAGCUAGCAACAACAAGGGCUGCAGCAGAGGCUAAUACAAUCAUGAUUGUUUCAUUUUCCUCCAGUUACAAUGUUGAGGAGAUUGCAGCCACUGGUGAUGCUGUUCGUUUUCUUCAAGUCUAUAUAUAUAAGGACAGAAGUAUCUCAGCUGGAAUAAUACGACGUGCAGAGCGUGUGGGAUACAAAGCAAUUGUUUUAACAGUUGAUGCCCCGAAGCUUGGACGCAGAGAGGCAGACUUAAGGAAUGAACUUGUUACACCUGUUCCAGGGAACCUUAAAGGAUUGAUAUCAGAAACGGAGGAAGAUUCAACAUUUGCGUCUGCUGCUACUGCAGCUUUGGAUAGCUCUUUUACUUGGAAGGAUAUUAAGUGGUUGCAAUCAAUCACAAAUUUACCAAUUUUGUUGAAGGGAAUACUGACUGCUGAGGAUGCUGAAUUGGCCAUACAAGCAGGAGCUGCUGGAAUUGUUGUUUCCAAUCAUGGUGCUCGUCAACUUGAUUAUUCUCCAGCAACUAUUACUAUUCUUGAAGAGGUUGUCCAUGUUGUACGAGGAAGAGUCCCUGUACUAGUUGAUGGUGGCAUUCGUCAUGGUACAGAUGUGCUCAAAGCAUUGGCUCUAGGAGCACAAGCAGUUCUGGUGGGAAGGCCAAUAAUAUAUGGUCUUGCGGUGGAUGGGCAAAGUGGUGUUAAGAAAGUGUUAGAUAUGCUUAAUGACGAGCUUGAAUUGGCCAUGUCUCUUACUGGUUGUCCUUCUCUCAAAGAUAUCUCUAGAUCUCAUGUCCAAACUCAUUAUUAAAUGAUGAGUUUAUUGCUAUGAUAUUUUAAACACAAAGAUGAGAGUUGAACAUAUAUGUUAAUUUCUCUUUAUUAGUACAACGUGAAUUUGAAGAGUCAUUCAUAAAAGAGACAAUCAAGCUAUUGAAACAUUUAAGUAGCUUUGUUAAUAAUUUUCACUUCAACAAUAUAGUUGGUUUUCUUUUAUGCUACUAA